AUGCUUGCAGACUGGCUCACCGUGGUUGUGGUGCAGAUGGUUGCAGACUGGCUCACUGUGAUCGUGGUGCAGAUGGUUGCAGACUGGCUCACCGUGGUUGUGGUGCAGAUAGUUGCGGACUGGCUCACUGUGAUCGUGGUGCAGAUGGUUGCGAACUGGCUCACUGUGAUCGUGUUGCAGAUGGUUGCAGACUGGCUCACCGUGGUUGUGGUGCAGAUAGUUGCGGACUGGCUCACAGUGGUUGUGGCGCAGAUAGUUGCGGACUGGUUCACCGUGGUCGUGGUGCAGAUGGUUGCGGACUGGCUCACUGUGUUCGUGGUGCAGAUACUUGCGGACUGGCUCACCGUGGUUGUGGUGCAGAUAGUUGCGGACUGGCUCACUGUGAUCGUGGUGCAGAUGGUUGCAGACUGGCUCACUGUGAUCGUGUUGCAGAUGGUUGCAGACUGGCUCACCGUGGUUGUGGUGCAGAUAGUAGCGGACUGGCUCACUGUGAUCGUGUUGCAGAUGGUUGCAGACUGGCUCACUGUGGUUGUGGUGCAGAUAGUUGCGGACUGGCUCACUGUGAUCGUGGUGCAGAUGGUUGCAGACUGGCUCACUGUGAUUGUGUUGCAGAUGGUUGCAGACUGGCUCACCGUGGUUGUGGUGCAGAUAGUUGCGGACUGGCUCACCGUGGUUGUGGCGCAGAUAGUUGCGGACUGGUUCACCGUGGUCGUGGUGCAGAUGGUUGCGGACUGGCUCACUGUGUUCGUGGUGCAGAUACUUGCGGACUGGCUCACCGUGGUUGUGGUGCAGAUAGUUGCGGACUGGCUCACUGUGAUCGUGGUGCAGAUGGUUGCAGACUGGCUCACUGUGAUCGUGUUGCAGAUGGUUGCAGACUGGCUCACCGUGGUUGUGGUGCAGAUAGUUGCGGACUGGCUCACUGUGAUCGUGGUGCAGAUGGUUGCAGACUGGCUCACCGUGGUUGUGGUGCAGAUAGUUGCGGACUGGCUCACUGUGAUUGUGGUGCAGAUGGUUGCAGACUGGCUCACUGUGAUCGUGUUGCAGAUGGUUGCAGACUGGCUCACCGGGGUUGUGGUGCAGAUAGUUGCGGACUGGCUCACUGUGUUCGUGGUGCAGAUGGUUGCAGACUGGCUCACCGUGGUUGUGGUGCAGAUAGUUGCGGACUGGCUCACUGUGAUCUUGGUGCAGAUGGUUGCAGACUGGCUCACCGUGGUUGUGGUGCAGAUAAUUGCGGACUGGCUCACUGUGAUCGUGGUGCAGAUGGUUGCAGACUGGCUCACUGUGAUCGUGGUGCAGAUGGUUGCAGACUGA